CCCAUUCCUUGCUCUUAGCAGGAUGAGAUUUUGUUGCAGAGGUCAGCCUGUGGCCCCCGGUGAUGCUUGCUAAUAAAUUCCCUAUAUCCCUGUGUAUCUUGUGCACAUCGUCUGGUGGGAGGAGGUGGUGUACAUUGCCCCUUUCCCCUGCCUUUAAAUGUAGGUGCAGGUGUCUCAUGGAUGCAAAGCACUGCGUGGCACAGGAGGAGAAGUGAAGGUGCAUUCUGCCAAGAUGCAGAAGAAACGCAAGUGAGGGUCUGGCAGUGAGCUCUGGCUUCGUGUCUUCCAGUAAUUCUGGGGGAACUGAGGCUCCCCAGUCUGGGUUAGGGACAUGCACUGUACACCAGGCUGCUCCAGAAGGUUUUGGCAUGGAAUGCAUCUAAAGGCAGCACUGCAUGCUUGGUGCUGCUGUGAGAUGCUGCUGGGCUGGAUGGCUUCCCCCUUGAGUUCUCUAAGGGAAUGAGGCCAUGGGUGUGUUUCUUUGCAUCUUCCCCAUGUGUCAGUGGAUUUCCCCCCAUCAGUGUUAGAAAAGUGUGAUUUUUAGUAAGAUUAAAGGCUUGUUUCCUCUUCAGGGUGAUGAAAGCAGUGAGGGGUUAUCGAUGGCUCUGAUAACAACCACGGGGCACUCAUCAGUUCAUCAUUGAUGUGUUCCUGAUGUCCUCCCAUCACAGCCCCAGCGAGGAGAAAAGAAAAAGGGAAUAGAUGCCAGAAUACACUGGGGUAAUGGGGAACAGCACAGUGGGAAUGUGGGAAACGCCAUGGCUGGUGUAGCUGGCAGCCAGUAAAUAGCAUUAUCAAAUGUAAGCAAAGCAGGAGCGUCGGAGAAAGUUAGUAAAGUCCUGUUGGCAUGGGAUACCAAGCAUUAAUAAUCUGGGCCUUCAUCCAGCAAGGUACUUAAGUGUGCUGCAUUUGGGUCCUGGAUUGCUCUCCCUGGGUGCAGUGCAGCCAGCACAGCUUCUGCUGGGCUCAGCCCUGGGGCUGCAGCACCUGGGAUUUCCUGCAAGAAGAAAGGCUUCGAAUCAGAUCUUCAGUCUUGGUGUUACCAGUGGUGAUCUCCAGGCACAGGGCUGUGAUGGCAAAGUCCAGGCUGCUUGGGAAGCUUUGCCAUAGGCAGCUCCCUCCUUUUGUAACCCCAGAAUGCCCUGAGCUGAGGCUUUGGUGCUGACCCAACUCUACACCUGACACAGCAUUUGGUUCAGCUCAUGCCCUGCACGUUUGAUUUAAGCCUAUUUCCCUCCUACAUAUAAUAUAGCCCAGCCAGGCUGUGGAGGCUGAUGCCACCAUGCAACUGCAGAAGUGUGCAUGUUGCUAUGAGGAGAGCUUUGCUUUUUUGCAGUGUUAUGAGUUGCUUUGUAAAGGUGCCAUCUGGAUUCUCUCCUUCCGUGUUUGCGAUGCAGACGUCGCACCUCCCACUGUGCAGUGCUGUUGUGUUCGUGGUGCACAGCUGGAAUUGGGUCUGGAAUGUGCUGGUGGUGAGCUGGGCACAAAGAAUGGUGCACAGAGGGGUGCUGACAGUGGAGAGUGUGGGGCUGGGGGUCAGGUCUGUUUGGAUCUCCUGCGCUGUUGAUAGGAUGCCCUGCGAGCCACUGCAGGAACUGCAGCCACAGUGCUGCAGAGGAGAAGAGAAAUGCAUUCCCUGACUGUAAAGUUUCCAAAUAUUUACAGCUUGAGCAUAACUAGAAAGCAGCCUGAAGCCUCCUUAUCUACACCAGGGGAUGGGAGCAGCCCCGAGCCAGGGGUCUGCGCCAGGCUGAGUUACUGAGCACAAGUUUUUAUCCCCCUGCAGUGAGGGGAUUGCUGCAAAUGGGGGUGAAGGAGCUGGGCGGCAUUUCCCUGGCUUGCACCCACACCUGGAGCCGGCUCUGCUGGAACCGCUGCUCCCAAAGCAUCGGCAGAGCAGAGGGGCACCCGCUGCCCCCUGCACAGCGCUGCCCCGGACUCCCUACCCCUUCCCCACCUGUUUUUGGGGCAGCGCAUCUCUGCGAGCAUCCCUCGCUCCAGCCUGGGUUUGUUUCCCAGCUCAGCUCUAAGGACGCAGGGAAGGAGCAACGCGCUCUGUGAGCUCCGCAUCGAGGACACGUUUCCAAGCAUCAGCCCCACGGGAAGCUCCGGAGCUGCCCAGCACCUCAUCCCUGCUCUCAGGGUGAGAAAUUUUGCAAUGAGGAAGCGGGCGCGCUGCGCAGCAGGAAGGGGGAGGCGAUGCUGAGCAGCGAGCUGGGGGCGAAACGGCACGGCGGCCGCUCCAUGCUGCGCGGAGGCGGUGGAGGAGGAGAAGGAAGGUUUACCCGAAUUCGGGAGCGAUCGCUGCGGAUGAUGAGCAGUGGGAGCUGCAGAUGAGCGGCGGGCAGUGCGGGAUGUGAGCGCUGCGGGGCCGCCUUCGAUGACCAUCGGCAGCAGCAUGAGCAGCGGGUACUGCAGCUUGGAUGAAGACCUCGAGGAUUGCUUUUUCACGGCUAAAACCUCUUUCUUCCGCAGCGCUCCGAGCAAGGGCCCCGCCAAGAAUGUAACAAAAGCUGUAGAAGAAAAACCAGAGCCUCCAACUGUUGAGGAGAUCAAAGAGAAGAUCGAAAAAUACAAUGCAAAAGUUACAAACUGCCUGCUGAUGAAGCUGAGUGAUGAUGGGACCUACACAGGCUUCAUUAAGGUGCACCUGAAGCUGCGCCGCCCGGUGACGGUGCCGGCGGGGAUCCGACCCCAGUCCAUCUAUGAUGCCCUCAAGGAGGUGAACCUGGCAGACACCACGGAUAGGAGGACGUCCUUCUACCUGCCUCUGGAUGCCAUCAAGCAGCUGCACAUCAGCAGCACGACCACAGUGAGCGAGGUGAUCCAGGGGCUGCUGAAGAAGUUCAUGGUGGUGGAUAACCCGCAGAAGUUCGCGCUGUUCAAGGAGAUGCGGAAGGAUGGGCAAGUCCUCCUGCAGAAGCUGCCCCUCACUGAAUUCCCGCUGUACCUGCGGCUGCUGGCCGGCCCUGACACCGACGUGCUCAGCUUUGUGCUGAAAGAGAACGAGACCGGGGAAGUGGAGUGGGAUGCGUUCUCCAUCCCAGAGCUACAAAACUUCUUAAUGAUCCUGGACAAAGAAGAGAAGGACAAAAUCCAGCAAGUGAAAAGGAAGUAUGAGAAGUUCAAACAGAGACUGCAGCAGAGCUUGAAAGAGGCUGGAGACAAACCUGGCUAACCCUCAGGGCACACCGGCAGUCAGACUAAGCUACGUGUUGUUCUUAAAACGAACAGACUCUUCUCAGGACAUCUUUUGGUGGUCACCCUCUCACUUCAUCCCUCCAUUAAGGACAUAGCACCCAUUACACGGACACGUUGUGUUUCUUUCUUUUGAAACCUCAUAUCCCAGGACCAGAGCCAGCCGAAGAAUGGGACGUCUGCACCAGAGCUGCUGGGAUGUGCUGAGCAGCUGUGUGGGCAAUGCUGAACCCAGCAGGAAGAGCUGGCUGAGCUGCUCACGCUCCUCCCAGCAGCUCUCUUGCUACGGUUCUGCAGUUGCAUUGCGUGUGCCCACGUGGCCCAGUUCUCAUUUCUUAAGCAGGGCACAGGAAGGAGCAGAUGACACAGAGGUUGGUGCACCGACCCAUGCGGGUGUUGCAGCUGUAACCAAUGCCAGACAGGCUUGUUCAAGGCUAAGGUGGGAAAUGCAGUCAUGGCAGCUGCAACACCCUGAUGUUCCUUCGGUAAGUGAUAUUCAUUCCAGGGAAAGUCAUUUAUUUUGUUUCUAAUUAACUUUGAAAACAGACUUGAAUUUGAGCAAAUAUCCAUGAUGCUUAGCUGAGCUAGCCUGUAUGUUACGAGUCUUCUACUCUGUAGGAAUUGGGACCUAUGUUUUAAGAGAAAAGCAUGAAGGUGGGGGUGUGGGAUGGUGGUUCUGCAUAGAAACCUGAGCAAUACACAGCCAGCAGAUGAUUGCAGGGAAGCUCAAACCCCUCUUUCACCCAUCAGACCCAUUUUGAGCUGUGAAGGGGUCUGGCAGGAGGGAGAGGAGCUCCAACCCAGGCUGGGUUGUGGACGUGGUGCAGGAGAUCCUUAGCACCAGGAAGAGCAAGGGAACCACAAACCUGAGAUGCUUUCCUGCCACCACCUCCUUGCACCAUGCCUCCUCUUGCUGAACCCCCCGUGUGCUGCUCUCCCACCUCUUUUCUCCCUUCCUGGUGCAAGGGAUGCUAUGGGGAUGCCAAUCCCAGAGGUGAUUUCCCCACGUUUACUUUCAGCACUUUGUACUGAGCACGCUGCACGUUCCAUCUUCCCUCUGUUCAGAGGACGGUGCAGCACAGUGUGAAAAGUGAACAUGAAAACUAGCUGGAUUCAGAUGGAGCAUGUGAAAUGCUCCUGGUGAUUCGAGUGACUCCCACCCAUGUGAAGUGGGAAGGAACAGGUUAUUAGGGAACAGGUGAUGGAGACAAUUUGGAAGAGUCUAAAAUGUACCUCAGUGCCUUUUAUUUUUCCUGAAGUGUGAAAACUUUACAUUUGGGCUAAGGAGGAGGUUGGAAGGGGCUUUUGCCAAAGCCUUGGCAGUGCUCCCCCAGGUCCCUGCAGGCUGCUUUUGUCCAGAGAGAGAAGAGGAACUGUUGUUCCUUUCUGCACGAUGACUGCUUGGCUUUUUUCCCCUCCCACCCCCAGAUUUAUACUUGAGUAUGUUUAUAAAGGUAUGAGAGUAACUGCAUCACUUACAGCCCUCACUUUGUACAGAUGCCACUUGGUGCAAGCUCAGUUCCAGCUCUUGCCUUACUCAGUGGUGUAAAAGGGUUUCCACUGCCACUGGUGCAGGAAGGGCCUCCCAGCUGUACUGUAUUCUCUACCCAGAUGACCUUUAACAGCAUGGCAGCAGCCCAAAUACAGCAGCAAUUUUCAUGCUCUGCGGCUGUUUGCCUGUUUAUAAAAAUACUUAUUACUUUGCUAUGCACAUGUGAAGUAAUUUAAGUAACAUUUAUCCACUGCUUUGAGUCUUGAAAGCACUGUAUAAAUACUUCUGUUCAGUCAAGUGUAAGAACACUGUAGAAACUGCCACUGGUUCUGAGAAACAAGACCCAGAUGCUUGCUUUCAAAUCCCUUAUCUUUCUGGCUAUGAGUUUUAAAAAGAUUAUUAUUAUUUUUCCUGGUUGCUGUUGUUUUCUACUCGAGUUCUGGUGACCAUCUCCCCUUCCCUUCCUGGAACCCAGCAUGUCUUUGACAUUCUGUAGAAGGCAUGGCUUCUUAUGCAAUGACUGUGAAUGCUGCUGAAAACCUCCUGCAAAGAGGAGGGUUCUUUCUUUUAUUUUUUUUUCUUUUAUUUUUUAAAGAUAUGGGGCAUUGGAAGUGGUAGAUAUUGAAACUCGAAUUCCCAGCAGUCAGUUAUGUCCAGGACAGGCAUAUUGGGCCCCUUCCUUAAAGCUGAGUACUGUUGGCAGUGCCUUUGGUUAGUAUGUUGUGUUGCCUAGUUUGUGUGACUUUAUUUCUCAUGGCUCUUGUAAAACAUGUAAAAUAAUGUGUAUAGAAUGGAAUAAGCAAAGCUUCUAUGGCAAAGUGAAAUGCAUUUUUUGCGAUGCUGUAAUUUAUUUUUAUUACUCCUUAGUAAUUCUAUGGCAUUUUUAAAAAAUGUCUCACUCCCAGCUUUUUUUGAAGGUUCUGAAACUACUUAUUCAUAUGCAGACAGUGUAAAAGACAACGACAAUAAAACUGUCAGUAAU